AUGAUGUGGAUUCAGCUCCUUCUGAAUCUCCAGUUACAAGUACAUUCAUACGACGCGCACUCGUACAGUAAAGAACUCCAGCAGACACAAUCUGGCAGCUCGAGCAACGAGGAGGACUGUAAUUUUCCCCUGGCUCGUCUGAAAUCGGAAUUCGCUUCGGUCCCGGAGGCGCAAACAUGGGACUUUGAUAUAUUCGAAUAUGCUUCUACGCAUCCUGAAGAUUUCAUGACGCGUAUUACUGGCUUCGCUCUUGAUCAUUUAGGAUCAGUUAAAAGUCUUAGACUUGACCACAAGCUUUUAUCCACAUUCAUCGCCGACAUCCAGCGCUCCUACCUCGACCAUGUCCCUUAUCACAACGCUGUCCACGCCACGGACAUCGUACAAGCCGUCUUCUACACACUCACCUGCGGGCAAGACGGCUUCCGCCUUCGGGAUCUCCUCACGGCCGACGAAGCAUCGGCGCUCAUUUUCGCCGCAUUAGGACAUGAUAUCAAUCAUCAAGGGUUGACGAACUUCUUCCUGCGAGAGUCAAAACACGAGCUUGCUCAAAUUGACGAAGAAAAUCCAAACGAAUCCAUGCAUUGGCGAGUCUUUAGCGAUAAGCUUGCUCAAUGGAAGGUAUUGGAUGAUCUAGAGGAGAAUCGUCGUGAGAGACUAAGGGAGAUGAUCCGCGAGCUCAUCUUGGCCACGAAUAUGGACCAUCACGCCAAGAUUCUUUCUGACUGGAAGAGAUUGGAACCACAAUUUACACUUGACAAUCCUGAGCAUAGAAUGGCUCUUAUGCAAUAUGUUCUGAAAUUUGCAGAUAUUUCAAAUCCCGCAAGACCAAAGAUAUUAUAUGAUAAAUGGACAAGAAGAUUGAGAGAAGAGCUUCAUCAGGAAGGCGACAAAAUGAAAGAAAUUGGCCUUGAACCAGAUCAUACGAGAGAUAGAUCGCAUAAAUCAGCAGUGAGCAAAGUUCAGUGCUGGUUUAUCCAGCACCGAGUAGUCCUUUACCUCAAAAACAUCAACAAAUUUGGACCUCAGCUUCCCGAACCAGAGGCUCAACUUGAAAAAAAUCUAAAAGACUGGAAAAAACGCCAAGCUUGCUAA